GCUUUGCGUCGCUCCAUGCCCUUCAUUGGCGAAGCAUAAAUUGCCGUUAAUAACCUCGACGUUGAACUAGCUUGCACUAAAGAAGUUCUCCUAGAUAUAUGUCUUCAUGGGAAACACCACUACGUUAGCCGGCCCACCCAAGUACCUAGCAUGACGCCAUACUAUCCUCAUAUAUUAGUAGCACAAUACUAGCAAUUGUUCAAUACCGUUAAAAAAAGACUUGUGUGUCCGACGCUAGCACUUCGAAGCCAACCUCGAUACCAUUUGACGAUGAUGGCGCUGCUUUUCAUACCUACUGCUGUCAACGCAUUGCAAGACGGCAAUUCAAUCACUUGAAUGACUCUCGUAUCGGUCCGUAGACGAUCUUUAACCAGAAGCUCCAACUACGCCAAAACCGCUACUUAGAGUCUAAGAUCUUUUGAGGUCGAGCAACAUUUUACUUGACGCUUACUAAGACGAAAUGACAAGCAGGAUAAAACAUUUAAAGGGUAGUGAUGAGGAUGAACGACCUGAAUACUGUGCGCAAACAAUUCAAGCCUUAGAACAUGACCUACAGACCAUCCGGGUGCAACAAAGCACGCUGCGGCAAGAUCGAGAUCUGGUUUGGAACGAUCUCAUCAGAACUAGAAAUGCCCUUAAGAGGUUGCAAAAUGAGGCCGUGGAAGAUAGGGCCGAGGAGAGGACGUCAAAGAGCUGGUUUGCUCACAUUUUCAGGGUUCGGGAGCCAGAAGAGGCCAAAGAAGCCAGAACGCAGCGUGUUACAGGGCGGGUCACAAGAAGGAUAGUUCACGAAGUGCGGCAAGAUAGAUAUCUUGCGAAAAUCAAUUUUAUGGAUGAUUCAGUGCGAGCAAACGAGGAAGUAAUGCGAAGGGAGAUGUUGCAUAAGGCAACAAGAACUUGCGGCGGAACAUCGGCGACAACAGGACGGAGCGGUUCGAUAAGCAAAGGAGUAAGGAGUAGAGAACCUCCUCAUUUUCAUCGACGACAGUGGUGCAAUUGAUGAGGUCAGGCUUGAUCGGGUACAGUUCAUCGUGUAAGGCCCGGGCUGCUGGUGCCAUAUACAAUUGGAAUCAGGUGGGGUCUCGAAGUUAGAGCGCCCUCCAACCAGCCACUGUAAUUGCGCUCUCGCCUAGGCCAGUGGUGCAGCUCCACUAAUCGCUGCCGUCGAUGAGGGGUCAAAAGCAGCAACGCAAUUGUCCUUGCUAGCAGUCCUUUAGAUAUGUUUUCAAUAAUACA